AUGAUAUUCACGCGCGCAUAUACCGUUUUAUUACUAGCAUGCCUGAUGCUGGCCAAAGCAAGCUCGAUCGCUUAUGAAAGCUCAGACAUUGAGUUUGACCAAGACCUGUUGGAUUCCAACAUAAGUUCCGGCACAGACGGGCCAAAAAGCCUAAAGGGGGAAAAGCACAGAAAGCUUAGCAAUACGCUGUCUGUAUUCAGAGAUCACGUAGAAGAGUUUAUUAAGAAGGACAUGAGCAAAAAAACACAGGAAGAGCUAGACAUAAUUUCCAGCUGCUACCAUAGCAUCAACGUAACCGGCACAAUGACACAAGAAAACCUAAUAAAACUUGUGAUCUGCAUGAACAAAUACUACGUUGGAGUGUUCAAGGAGAACAACCAGAACUUAAUAGGGUCUCCUGUUGUUGAAAAACUGGAGAAAAUCAGCGCACAUCUGAAGAGCUCUGCAGGAACAAAGAAGGAUAUUCUUUUCUCGCUUGUGUCUAUCCUAAGGCUGAUAAACGAUGAAAUAGACAGCAUACAAAAAAAAGACAACAGAACCAAAGCCCCUUUAUCUAGGUGGAGCUUGAAGGCAAACCCAUUCUUUAAAAAUACAAAAAAGCUUUACAUGUACAUGCUUGUUCUUGUUUCUGGAAAGCGCCCAAGAACAUGCAUCCCGUACAGCAUGUAUCUGAGUAGCUGCAUGCCCAAGUCAAUGUCGAAGCUACUGGCUGAUGAGGAGACCACCUCAAGCUGCCUGCCUAUUAGAAGUACACAUCUUCUAGAAAAGGCACGAGCAGACCGGGCACACAAGGAAGUCAUGGAAGAUGAAGAAGUCAUGGAAGACGAGGAAGUUAUGGAAGGCGAGGAAGUUAUGGAAGGCGAGGAAGACAUGGAAGGCGAGGAAGACGAGGAAGAGCCAAUCAACCCGGCGAAUCAGCAAGUAUAA